AUGCCGGAGGGAAUUGAGAGCGAUGAUCUUACCAACAAUGCAGCAAAGGAGAUCAAGUUCUGCGACUCGUUUACCCACGUCUGGGCUACUCGUGGGUAUCUCGGGUACUUCCGGCAGUGGUACAGAGGUCCUACCAGGCCCGUGGAGACCGCCCACGGAAUCGGAAUACCUUCCCAGUUUUGGUUCGUGGCUUUUUCGCCUCUCGACCCUGUGGAACGACAGUGGAAGCUGGUCCGGGGGCAGAAUCGGUCGACGGCAAAGACACGCUGCUGGUUCUCGUUUGCCGCGUUUCCUGGUUGA